AUGAUUGUCAAAGUCCUUUAUUCAUUGAGCAAUAAUUGCUCAACUAACCAAAGCAAUGAUAAAAAACUAUCGUCAAAUUUAUAUCUCUCAAAGAGUCCUAGUUCCAAAAUCCCAAACUUCAAUCUUAGGGUGAUCAAAAUCAGCAAACCCAACGAAUCAAGACCUCAACUAUAUGGAUUUGUUAGCCUCAGCAAAUGUCUAUCAAUGGCAAUACUUCAUAGUCCCGAAUUAUUUCAAUUAGAUAAGCUGCCGACUUUGCUGGGAGAAACUCAAGAUUCUGCAUUAAAGAACCGUGUUGUUGAUUAUUCUGUUUAUAAUAGGGAUAUUUUGGAACUAGACCAGCCACUUGUGGGUCAUGGGUCUCUAAAGCAGUUGCUCCAAUCAAACAACAUUAACAAUAAUAGCGGCAGGCCUGUUAAUAUUGAUGAUGCGGUCAGUGAAAAUUAUGAUCCAAUUAUUGUGGGGUCGAUACUGAAGAAACCAAGCUUCUUCAUGGAUGAUGGCGAUUGUGAUGAUGAGGAUGAGGAUGAUGGCAAUGCUCAUGAUGUCAAUGAAGAUGUCAGUCAGCCCAAUGAGAUUAUAACCGAAGAAAACCCAAUGAAAUAUUUGGAGAACAAUAUCUAUAGUUUGGAAAUACGAUUGGAAUUCAUGAAAUUUAUUAGGAAUUUCAAUCCAAAAAUGGAUAAGAUGGAACGUAAUAGUAAUAGCAACACAAACAACAAUAAUAGCAAUAAUACUAAAAAAGAGUUUGCAGUACCAAUUCGAAAAACCAAUUCGAAAAAAGCACCAAAAGCAGUCAGAACUUUAUCGUUACCAAUUUUCAACCCUAAUUUUGUCCAGUUCCCUCGAGCAAAUGGAAUGGCAAUCAAUAUUCACGGCCCAAAGACAUUUGGAAAUCAGGCUGCAACUAUGAUGGCUUCACCAGUGAUGAACAACUUAGCAAGUGGUGAAAUGAAACCAACCAUAAAUGCUAGUAAAACUGUGAAGAUGGGAAAUAGUUCGUCAUCAUCAUCUUUAGCGUCAUCAAAAAAGAAGAAAAAAUCCAAUGGAUUAUUAUUGAAAAGGAAACUUGUGAAACAAGCUGAAGAUUUUAGUGAUUUACCAAUUUCUCCAAUGUGUAUCAAUUGCAAAACCGAUAAGGCAGUCCCUUGGAGUUGGUUCAGAAAUGAAACUAUGGAAGGAUUGAUUUGCAAAGAUUGUGAUGAGUACUAUAAAAGAUAUGACAAAAUGAAACCUAUUAAAAAAACCACUACUAAUAAUUAUAUUGCUGAACCCAAGACCAAUGCCAAAACAAAAUCAAAAAAGCGCAAAGUAAAUAGCCAUGAUAACGAUGAUAAGAAGAAACCAAUAUCUAAUCCUGCUAAUAUCAACAGCCGCAACAACUCCUCUGUUGUGAAUCCAAAUCCUAAUAUCCUGCCUCAUCAAGGACCUCCUUUUAGUAUCGCUCACUCUUUAUCAAUCAAUAGGGAAUUGAUUAUUCAACUGAAAAAGCAAUCCCAAGGGCCAUCAUCACCAGUGGUUGAUCAAAAAAACCCGCAAGACACAACAAGGUUCAACAAACAGAUACAACAAAAAUCAAAUCAGAAAAAACCAAUCCAGUUUAUUCAUCACAAGAUUCCUAGUGAACCACUGAUUAUUAUUAACACCCCUGCAAAGAAAAUUCCAAAACAUUUCAAUAUUAACUCCCCUGAUCAUAUAAAUAAAUCCCCAAACUCAAAAUGGUUAUCCAAUAUGCUAAAGUCUAUUGGUACUGAGUCACCUCAACCUUUUGAUUUCCAUGAUCAAACUAUUGACAUCUUAUUAUCAGGGUCUCAAAGUGAUCACUUAAAACAUGAUAGUGAACCCCCAAAAGAUCACUUUCAUAAAUUCUCUAAUAUAACACGAACUUUGAAGGAAAUUGAAAGUGAAAGUAAUAAUAAUGAAAAUGACAACGAUAAGAAUGGGGAGAAAGACCAGAAAAAUAAAAAUGAUAAUCAUAACAAAGGCAAUAACAAUAGUGGGGAUAAUAACGACUUUCACAAGAUGUUUAAUUUUGGUCAAAUUUCAAAUGAUUCAGGAAAGCAUCAUCAUAGCAGUGACGAUUCUAAUUUGGGUCUUCUUCAUGAUGGUGAGGACGACCUAUAUAGCAUUAACAAGAACUCAUCAUCGAUACCUUCUUCUCCUAUAGAAGCAAUGUCAUUACCAUCGAAAAAACAAUUACUGAUACUUCAUGAAGAAUUAUCCCAACCCUCUCAAUGA